CCUCUCGCCUUUCCUUUCUUCGUUCUCUUUUCCAGCCUUGACGGCUUAGUCUUUCGUUUAAACAGUUCCCCGGUGGAAUCUGUAUCUCUUUUUCAAAAGUCGUCUCAAAGGCCUUGACGGUCCAUAUCUUCUUCAUUCCUUGAAACAGUCCUAGCGACUCAUUACAUUCUUUCUUGCAACAUGGCUCGUUUCGCAGCUCUUCUUCCUCUUGCAUAUGCAAUGGGCGCCUUUGCUCAGAGCGUGGCAUACAAUGACCCAAACACUGGCAUUGACUUCAUGAGUUAUCAGGAUUCGAAAUCGGGAGCAAGAUUCUCGGUUGCCACUCCGGAGACUCUUGGUAGUGACUUCAUUGGUCAGAUUGUUGCUCCCACUACUGAGGGAUGGGCUGGUCUCGACAUGUCGGCCCAGAUGGCAAGUCACAUCCUCGUAGUGGCUUGGCCCAAUGGCGACAAAGUUAUGUCGUCCCUUCGUGAGGCCACUGGCUACACUACCCCUCCUGUCUACACUGGUAAUGCUACUACCACACCCAUCGCCAACGGUACUUUCGUCAACAGCACCCACUUUGCUUAUACCUUUGUCUGCAAUGGAUGUAUCACUGGCGAGGACGACAGCUUCCCCAACACUGUCAGCGGCAAUGCUUUCGGAUGGGCUUUCUCUACCGAUGCUCCUGCUGCACCUUCCUCUGAGGAGACUGCUUUGAACAUGCACACUGGUUUCGGUGCAUUUGCCGUCAUCUUUGCCAACUCUUCAUCUGCUUCCUACGAUACUUGGGCUUCAUGGGCAGAAGCUGUUCCCGCAGUGACUGCCCCUGUCGCCAACAAUGGUACUUCUAGCUCCAACUCCACUGUUGGAGUAGACACUGGCAAGAACACCACUUCUACCACCCCCAUUGCCACCACACUGAACACCACCUAUGACUACAUCAUCGCCGGUGCUGGUCCUGCUGGAAUCAUCGUCGCCGAGAGACUCGCUGAGUCUGGAGCCGAGGUCCUCCUGAUCGAACGUGGUGAUGCAUCUACCUACGCCAGCGGUGGUCGUGCCGUCGAGUCUUGGAACGAGACUGUAACUCAGUACGAUGUUCCUGCUAUGGCAUACUACCUUUCCACUGCCGAGGUCACCAACGAGUACUGCACCGACACUGCUGAUAUGGCUGGCUGUCUUCUUGGUGGCAGCAGCAUGAUCAACGCUCUCAUGUUCGUCCGUCCCCAAGAGCGUGAUUUCGACGACAAGUGGCCCACUGGUUGGAAGUGGUCGGAUGUUUCUUCCUCGGCCGAGAGCUUCUAUGAGAGAAACCCUGGUACCAUCUCUCCUUCCAAGGAUGGUCAGAGAUAUGAUCAAGGCGCGUAUGACGUUUUGUCUUCCUUCUUCACCUCCAAUGGCUGGUCAUCCGUCAACGCACUUGAGGAGCCAAACAAGAAGACCGAUGUGUUCUCUCACCCACCUUGGAACAUUCAGGACGGCCUUCGCGCUGGUCCUGUCUUGACAUAUCUCCCUCUUGCCAAGGCAAAGAAGAACUUCCAUAUCCAACUCAACAGCACUGUCAUCCGCGCCGUUCGCGAAUCCUCUUUCGUCUCUGGUGUUGAAGUCGAACUUGUUGAUGGCAGCAGACAGAUCAUCAAUGUCAAGACUGGUGGUAAAGUUGUUCUUGCUGGUGGCGCUCUCAGUACUCCUCGCAUCCUCAUCAACUCUGGUAUCGGUCCCGCCGACCAAAUCAAGACUGUUCAGAGUGGAAGUGUAGCUGUUACUCUUCCUGAUCAAGCCGAGUGGAUUGAUCUUCCUGUUGGCAAGGGCCUCAAAGAUCACCCCAUCAUUACUCUGAAGUUCAAGACCAAGACUUCUUUGUCUUCCCUCGACACCACAGCCUUCACCGAUCCCACUCAAGUCAACGCCGAUCUCUUCGCCCAUGGCAGCGGCCUUCUCGUCCAAGGCGGUCAACGCCUUAACUUCUGGUCUUCCGUCAACGGCACCGAUGGCAUCGAACGCUUCGUCCAGGGCACAUGCAACUCCCCCUCCAACGACACCAUCAAGAUAAAGAUCUACCUUACCCACGGCUUGACCUCCACAGGCGAGAUCGGCGUCACAAGCGCAGGAGCCACGGAAUAUAUCACUCAACCAUGGCUCAACACCCCCGAGGACAAGGACGCCCUUGCCUCUUUCGUAGACCGCUUGAUCUCGUUUACCAAGAUUGCAAACUCGACUUUGACUCUUGACGCCGGACUUACCGCUUCCUCCAACGUCACUGGCGCUGACUUGAUCAAGACAUUCGUCACGGGCAGUCAUUUCGUCGGUACGGCUAAGAUGGGCACAGAUGAUGGAAGAAAGGGCGGUGAUGCUGUCGUCGACUUGGACACUAAGGUCUAUGGCACUGAUAAUCUGUUUGUUGUUGAUGCGUCCUUCCACCCUGAUUUGCCCACGGGAAACACACAGGCGAUUGUUAUGGUUGCUGCUGAGGCUGCUGCUAAGAAGGUGCUUGCUGUGCAGGUCAGUGGUGGUUCAAACAGUACUGUUCCUACUUCUUCGGCUACCUCCGUCGUCGCUGUUUCCUCAACCGCUGCUCAAAGCUCUGCCAUUGUCGCAACCUCUACUGCUUUGUCUUCCGCUGCGGUCACCUCAGCACCAGCAAUCACUUCAGCCCCUGCAUCUUCCGCUACAAUCCCUACCACCUAUACGACAAACACCGCCACCACUUCCGUUGCCGUCCCCAGCCCUGCUUACACACAAGUUCCCAAAUACGGAAGAUGUGGUGGCAAUGGAUACGAAGGACCUACCAAAUGUGCCGAGGGCAGCACUUGCAAGUAUCAGAAUGAUUGGUACUGGCAGUGUGUUUAGAUGAUGAUGUGAAGGAAGGGAUUCAAUUCUUUGUGUAUGUUAUGUCAUGUUAUGUUUGAGAAG